GUGAAGUCGUGUGGCUUUAUACACGUGACAUGUCUUGGCAGUGCGGAGGCGGAAGAGCAUCACGUUGAAAGACAUAGCUGUCCAGAUGCCAGCUCCAACUCACCAGACACCAAUUUCUUUUCCACUGGCGGUCCAACUCAUGUCUUCCUGAAUAUCGCUUUUUUUUAUAUCUACUGAGACUGCCUUUAUCAAAUGACAUUCCGCUUGUUACUCAUUCCCUCGAGUCCGCGGUUAUGAGGUUAGCGGCGUACGCCGGGGUAUGUCGCCGAUCCCAAGGAACGCAUUUAAGCAAAGGACCCCACGUCUGACUGCGUUGAUUUCUGCAGGUCUCUGUAGCCCUGGCUGCGGGCGUAGUCUUAAAAGCACUGCAUCAGAGGGCAAACUUCUACUCAGCUUGCGUGUAUCUCUCUCAGAGCAGUGCAAAUCUCAUGAUAUUGACGAAUCUAUGCCUCCUAGUCACCGGAUAUCUUUUGUUUUGGCUGCAGAGGCUUCUUUACGGACCCCUCCGACCGAUUGAAACGGAACAGCUGUAUGAGAAGGCCUGGUUCGCUGUUACGGAGACAUGUCUUGCCAUGACGAUUUUCCGGGGAGAAUUGGGCGGCUGGUUCUUGGUAAUGUUUGUUUGCCUGCUUGUUGGGAAGGUCUGGGGUUGGAUUGGCGAGGGCCGCGUAGAGUUCCUGGAACAGCAACCCCCGUCCAACCCCCGUCUGUUCCACAGUAGGCUGGCUAUCUCUCUCAUCCUAUCAGUCCUCUUUGACACGUUUAUGUUGGAGUACUGCAUCAAGACGGUCUUCCAGCAGGCCCGGCCGGAUAUGAUGGUAAUGUUCGGGUUCGAGUUCGCUGUCCUGGCGAUCCUCUCCUGCUCUACUGCGGUCAGAUACGCCAUUGCUCUGGUCGAGAUUUACAUCACUCGCCAACAGUUGAAGGCCAAGAUGGAGGAGCGCCGGGCAGAGAUCCGUGCUGAUAGGGAGGCUGCGAUCCGAGAACAUCAGGAGUCUGGAGGAAGCGGAUACCUCCCCAAUUUGCCGGAUGAAAACGACGUCGACGAAAUGGAAAUUGACGUUCCAGGCUGGGAGGAGAAGGGUCGGUGGGUCUUCUACCUGGACCUCAUGACCGACUUCCUCAAGCUUGCCGUGUACCUCGCAUUCUUCGCUAUUCUCUUCACUUUCUAUGGACUGCCCAUCCACAUCCUUCGCGACGUGGUUAUUACCAUCCGCUCCUUUGGCAGAAGGAUCAUGGACUUCGUGCGUUAUCGCAAUGCCACAAGGGAUAUGAAUGAACGGUAUCCAGACGCAACCACUGAAGAUAUGAGAAACGAUGAUGUGUGUAUCAUUUGUCGCGAGCAAAUGAUUCCUGUGGACCCACCUGCUGGCGUAAAUGGAGCAGCACCAGAACGGCCUAGAGUACCUGAUAGGCUACGACCAAAGAAGCUUCCUUGCGGCCACGUUCUGCAUUUCUCGUGUCUUCGAAGCUGGUUAGAGCGGCAGCAAAACUGUCCUACCUGCCGGAGACCCGUGACUAUGCCCCCGCGCGAUCGCGUUCUCCCAGGCCAGGGUGUCAACGACGCGAGGGAUGCUCGGCAGCGGAAUCAACGAGGCGGGCGGAAUGGUAAUGCGCCUGAUGGAUUUCCCAGGGCUCGGAUCUACCAGUUUGGGCCAUUUCGAAUUGGAUUUGGUGCCGGGAGACCCGAAGCAAUGCAGGCCUUCCGGGAGCAGUUUCGAGAGGGAACUCUUCCACAACCUUUGAAUAGACGGGAUGUUGGCGCGGUAAGACGCGAACCGAACCCGCCAACUGCGCCAACUACCGAGCCUCCAUCUGCUUCUGCGGUCAAUCUUGAAAGCAUCCAGAGGCAGUUACAGCAGAUAGAGCAGCAAAUCACUCAGGAGAUGGACGGUCUGAGCGUUACGAUUGAACAAUUUCAUCUCGUACUGCUUUUACAAUCAGAGUUGCAACGACUACGAAGUCUUCAAGAGAAUCCUGCAACUUCAACCAAUCCCCCGAGUGUCUCGCCGUCUUCGUCAUCAUCCAUAGCAAUGCGCCGUCAAUUCAUGCCAAGCCCUCGAGACCCACCGUUAAGAACUGGAGACAUUCGGCUGCCCGAUGGCCUCAGUCUCCCGCCGGGUUGGACUCUCUAUCCUCUUAGUUCUACCGAUCUGGGCGCUGGGGGAGUAACGCCACCCAAUCAAACUCCUGCCUCUUCGGAAAUGUUUCCCGCUGGCGCAGCUGCACAGCAUUCCUCAUCGUCAACAGUAGCGGAGAACGCACGUUUGGGCUUUAAUCGGGAUGACAAUGGUAAUUCUCAGAGUCUGCCAAACUGGGGGGCAUCGGCCGAAACUCGGAUGCGGACUGGUAGCCAACCGACUCAAUCGACAUUUCAGGACCGCGUGAAUACGACCCACAACACCGUGUCCGAGAAGCCUGGCGGACCAGACGCUCCUUCUGUCGCAGAGAACAACGAACAGCCUGUGGAGAGAGGACCGCAGGGGGACUUAGCGAAUAACGAAGAAUUAUCAACAUCAUCCACAAAGGGCAAAGGUCGGGCUGCUACCGUGGAAGAUGCAGUGGACGAAGAGAGGUGAUGAUCGUUGACGAAGGGUCUAGAUGUGCAAUAAUGGGAUGUUGUUUUUACCAUCGGAAAGGCGUUUCAGUGAUUCAGAGACAUACCCGUACGCAGCCUUGGUUUUAAUUUCUUUCAUGUAUUUUGCUGUUCUUUCUCUUCUGUUUAUCCUUCAGACUGUACAUGUAUUGACAUCUGUUCUCGUCACUGCUAUCAUACUUGCAUUGAGAUCGCACAUACUGGAGUGCAUCAUCUGACCUGUAGCAUCUGUUAAACAGGAAUGACUAAUUAUUAAACGGGGAAUUGACAGAUCUGAAACAGAUACAAAGCACAAUAAUAAUGUUUGAUCCAUGCGCAAUGUGUGCUUCCAUGGAAAACAGCCGUAGCUGCGGCUGCAUUGCUGGAUUUACCAUAUGCAGAAUGAAAGGCUUAGGGCUUAGGGCUUAACAUUUUUUUAGGAUCUUGAUCUCCUGCUGCGAAUGUCAUUGUUCC